UUGCAGUGUGAGUGUUUAUAAAGGAAUAAGAGCAGGCACGGGCAGAGAGGUUUGCACUGCCGUUAUGUAAGUAUGUCGCUGAGGGACCCUCCAUAUGAGCCUCCUACUGUCUCAGAGCUGCAAGAGUUUCUGCUGGCAGACAGGCAGCCAACUGGGCAUCUAAAUCAAGUCUGGCCCAACCUUUACAUUGGCAAUGAGGUGGCGGCUCGUGACAAGGCCACUCUCCACAGUUUGGGAAUCACACACAUUGUCAAUGCUGCCCACGGUCCAGCCAAUCCCGGCCCAGGAUUCUAUUUCUAUGUGAACACCGGCCCACGCUUCUACAGAGACAUGUCAGUGGACUAUUAUGGGGUGGAGGCUGAUGAUGCAAUAGGGUUCGCCCUCAGUCCCUUCUUCUACCCGACGGCACGAUACAUCAGAGCCGCCCUGGGCAUGGGAGGACGGGUGUUAGUCCACUGCCUGAUGGGUGUGAGCCGCUCCUCAACACUGGUGCUGGCCUUCCUGAUGAUCGUUGAGGGCCUGCGGCUGCAGGAGGCAGUGGCUGCAGUCAGACCUCACAGAGACAUCUGUCCCAACCCGGGCUUCCUGCAGCAGCUCCGUAGCCUGGACAUGAGCCUGGAGAGGGAGAGGAGGAGACGCCAAGAGGCAGACAAACUGUAA